UUGACUAGUUUUUUUUUCUCGGUGUAAAAAAAAGUGAGCGAUGCCGCGAUAUAAAUACCAUAUGUCUUUGAAAUAUACGAUGCACUAGUUCUGACAGGUUGGCAAAGGAAAAGUCUGCAAAGAAAACAAUUUGUAAACUUGUUACAAUGGUAUUAAGAAGGAUUUUGUAUCUGAUUUUUGUUAUAACAAUUAUGAAAUACGGGAAAGGACAAAAUAGUGACAACUCUUCUGCCGAGAUACCACUUCUGGACAAUCUAAAUAUGCCUUUAGUUGCUCUGUUCGAUACAACGAAACUUAACGAGGUUUUGAAGAUCGCUAUACAGAAGACAGUAGAAGAUACCAUGAACGAGAUGAUUCCUCGGAUAAAACAGGCUGUCAUUGACGACAUUGGAUACGAACCUGAAAGAGAAAAGGAAAGGCCAGCUUUUACAGCAUCGCUUACAUACCACAAGAAUCUUGCUAAUAAUGAAGUUGUGAUAUUUGACAAAGUAUGGUUAAACAUGGGUGGAGUCUACAGUCGGGACACAGGAGUUUUUACUGCUCCUAAAACGGGACUCUACUCUAUUUCAACAACGGUUAUGUCUCAUUCUGGGAGCUUCUUACACUGCGAUCUGUGGAAGGAUAAUGAGAAAAUGGUCCUGGCUUUCGGUAAUGAUUUAUCGACUGGGACUUUAAAUGUUGUGAUGUUAUUGAUGAUGAAUGACACGGUCUAUGUUAAACAUGGCUCUUCAAGUAAGGAAAAGAUUUUUGGUGACCAAAGGUCUACAUUUUCUGGAUACCUUAUUACUGAGUAAAUUAUGUAUUUUUCCAUAUUAUAUAUAUACAUGUGUAGUAUGAGAUCUCGGAAGCAUUUAAUUUAGAAAUCAGUCACAACGGUAUACAAUACAAUACAAUACAAUAUUUUUAUUUUUCAAAUUAAA